AUGCAGACGCCGGUGUACAAGCCCACGCCGGCUCCCUACCACCCGGCCCCCUCCUACAAGCCGGCCUCUUACCAUCCGGAGCCCCAGUAUAAGGAGGAGCCCAAGCCGUUCGCCUACGACUACGCCGUCAACGACCAGUACACCGGCACCAACUUCGCCAAGAAGGAGGAGAGCGAUGGCCACAACACCCAGGGAUAUUACUCGGUGGCUCUGCCCGACGGCCGUGUUCAGCACGUCAAGUACGUCGCUGACCACUACGGCGGCUACAACGCUGAGGUCACCUACGAGGGAGAGGCCCAGUACCCCGAGUUCCACCCCGCCCCUGCCUACAAGGCUGCAACUCCGGCUUACAAGCCUGCCUACAAGCCUACUUACAGCCAUCCCGCCCCGGCAUACAAGGCUGCGGCGUACUAG